GGAGCGGAAGAGGGCGGCGCUCUUCCAGCAGAGCGGCGCUGCUGCUACUGCCGGAGCGGAGCGGGUGCGGCUCGGGCCGCCGCUGAAAGCGAGCAAACUACCUUUUAUGAAAGAGACAUGGAUGAGAUGGAUGAAACAUCUAAAAGAAUCCUAGAGCCAUACCAGUAUUUACUUCAACUACCAGGUAAGCAAGUAAGAACCAAAUUGUCACAAGCCUUCAAUCACUGGCUUAAUGUUCCAGAAGAUAAAAUACAGGUUAUUAUUGAAGUGACAGAGAUGUUACACAAUGCAAGCCUACUUGUGGAUGAUAUUGAAGAUAACUCAAAGCUACGACGGGGCUUUCCAGUGGCACACAGUAUCUAUGGAAUUCCAUCUGUAAUCAACUGUGCUAAUUAUGUGUAUUUCCUUGGCUUAGAGAAGGUUUUAACCCUUGAUCACCCAGAUGCUGUUAAAGUUUUUACUCGUCAGCUACUGGAACUCCAUAAAGGUCAAGGCUUGGACAUUUACUGGAGGGAUACUUACACCUGCCCUACAGAAGCUGAAUACAAAGCUAUGGUACUGCAGAAGACAGGCGGUCUCUUUGGAUUAGCUGUAGGCCUCAUGCAGCUCUUCUCAAAUUAUAAGAAAGACUUAAAACCACUUCUUAACACACUUGGUCUCUUCUUCCAAAUAAGAGAUGACUAUGCCAACCUGCACUCCAAAGAAUAUAGUGAAAACAAGAGUUUUUGUGAAGACUUAACUGAGGGCAAGUUCUCAUUCCCAACUAUUCAUGCAAUUUGGUCAAAACCUGAAAGUACACAGGUGCAAAACAUUUUGCGUCAAAGGACAGAAAACAUAGAUAUAAAAAAAUACUGCGUGCAUUACCUUGAAAACGUGGGUUCAUUUGAGUACACUCGGAAUACACUGAAAGAGCUUGAAUCUGAAGCCUAUAAACAAAUUGAAUCACUUGGGGGAAACCCUGAGCUUGUAGCGCUAGUGGAACAGCUGAGCAAAAUGUUCAAAGAAAAUGACAAUUAAUCUCCUGGGGAUGAAUGAAUGGAAGGUUUUUUUUUUUUUUUUUUUUUUUUUUUUUUUUUAACAGGUAAAAGGUUAUCUGAAAGGUGUGACAGUCAGUCUCACUUAAAACUACUAUGUUGCCACAUGGCAAAAAUGUACGUUGAAAAUAAAUCACUGAUUAUGUGAAAAUAAUCACUGAGUACUGCAGUAUACCUUAUAUAUACAGUCUUAAUUGUACCUGCUUGCAGAUGUCUUCAAAACAUACUAGAAUUGAAACAAACUUUGAAUAUGGAUUUUUACACAAACAUUGGCAUUACUUCAGCCCUAGAAAUUUCACAGGCUAUAGUAUAUCUUCAACAAACUGUAAGUUUCUGGCUGAAAAUCUUUAUUAAAUUAAAUCUGAUUGA